ACCUACACUAGGGACCUAUCCUCACACAGGUUGUAGAUCCUUGAUAAGUUGAAAUUGGUGCUUACACAUCGCAUGCCACGUGAUCGUGAAUUUGGAAUUUGGAACUUGGUGGAAUUGAUUAUGCAACUUGGUGCUUACACAUGCCCAGCCAGAGAGAGGCCCCACAGUACCAUUUAUGUCUUGAGUGAUCUUGAGUGAUCCCUCUUACAGGAUUCCGGAAACGCAAGGCGACUUCAUCCAGUUUGUUACGCAUCUAAAAAUGGCAGACCUCAAGGGCACAAUCUUUGUCACAGGCACCAAUGGUGGCCUCGGCUCCGCCAUUGUCUCCAAAAUCAUCUCGUCGCCGGAGCUCUCGGCUAACUAUUACGGCAUCUACACCGUCCGGAAAGUUGAGACAGCGACGGCUCUCAACCAAGCUCUCGCAUCCGUACCGUCAACACAUAGCUUUGACAAGGUUGCCUUGGACCUGUCGACGCUGUCAAACGUGCGGGGGGUCGCGAAUGCCAUCAACAGGCGCGUCGCCGAGGGCUCUCUGCCUCCGAUCCGCGCUCUGAUUCUGAAUGCCGGCUACCAGGAGCAUACGACGCACGACUUCUCGCCAGAUGGCUUCGACAUGACCUUCCAGUCUAACUACCUGUCGCACUGGCUGUUGACUCUGAUGCUGCUUCAGAGCAUGGAUAAGGAGCACGGGAGAGUCGUGGUUCUCGGCAGCUGGCUGCAUGACCCUGCAGACCCCCGAAAUAAUUCGAUGGGAGUGUAUCACGACGAGAAAUGGAAGGUUCUCUUUCACGAUACCGAGUCCCUAGCCAAGGGGACCUGGAGCUCAACCAAGGAGGACCCCACGAUGAAUGCCGGAUUCAGACGAUACGGAGCUGCAAAGCUGUGCGAGGUCAUGAUGAUCCACGAACUGCAGAAGCGUCUGGACAGCGACCCAGCUCUCUCCAACAUCUCUAUCCUCGGCGUCGACCCCGGCGGCAUGCCCAGCGGUAUCGCUCGGCGGGGUAACUUCCUCUUCACCGUCGUGCUGAGGUACCUUCUGCCGCUCCUCGCCACGAUCAUGACCGCGCUAUCCCCGAACGGGUCGCUGCGCACCACCACGAAAUCGGCCAACGAUGUCGUCAGGGCGGCGUUCGACACGGAGGCGCUUGGCGAGCGGCCAAAGGACUUGUACCUCAACGGCACGGAUCCGUUGGAGACGAGCGUUGAGGCGAGAGAUCCGAACAAGCGGGAGGCGCUGUGGCGCGAUAGCGUUGGGUAUGCGGGGCUGAGGGCCGAAGAAACCGCGUUGGUUAACUGGAAAUGAUGGGGGACGGGGACAACCGAUAUCGAAGCAUUUGAAGUCUUGAGUAACGUGAUUCCGGAGCCAAGUAUAUUGUAACCUGAAUUGUAGACAUUUCUGUAGUGUAAAUUGAGCGACUGUAUGGGAG